AAAGAGGGACAGGUUGUCACUCAGUACCUUAUGCUUCCCUGCUUGCCUUCGCUCACCUCUCCUCAACCCAUCAACUCUCCGUACACCAUGGCCUUCGUUGGAAAGUGGGAAACUGAGACCCAGGAGGGAUACGAAGAAUUCUGCAAGCUCGUUGGCAUCCCUGAUGACGUCAUUGAGAAGGGUCGCGACUACAAACUCAUCACUGAGGUGGUGCAGAACGGCAAUGAGUUCUCAUGGUCCCAGCUCUAUCCCACAAACAAGAGCGUCACCAACAAGUUUGUGAUUGACCAGGAAUGUGACAUGGAGACCAUCGGGGGGAAAAAGUUCAAGGCCACUGUUACAAUGGAGGGGGGCAAGCUGAGCACGAAAUUCCCCAAAUACCACCACACAUCUGAAAUCAGCGGAGGAAAACUGAUUGAGGUAAAAGUGUCACUUUGGCAGAAGAUGGUGUAUAUUAGGAGAGAUGAUAAAUAAGUUUGGGCAGUUCCAAGUGAUGUUUAACAUCUUUUCUCCCCUGUUUAGACCUCUACAGUGGGCUCGGUCGUGUUGAAAAGAACCAGCAAGAAGAUCUAGAGAUAUUGUGACGG